AUGUUAAUUUGGAAUAAUAAAAUAUUAAUUAAAUUAUUAUUUUUAAUAAAUUUAAUAAAAGGAUUACCUCAAAAUUUGGAUCCUUUUUUAGAAAAAUUAUUUGAAACACCUGAAUGUGAAGUAUUUAUUUCUGACAGCUCUUUUUUGGCUGUUUCAACAAUUGAAUGUCAUCCUUUUAAAUGUAAUUUCCCCUACCAACUUUGUAUGCGUCCAUCUAACCAAUAUCAAAAUGAAGCUGCAAAUAAUUGUCGAGAAUUGCCAGAAAAAUGUUUAAUUGCAGCAAAUGAAGGAAAACCUUUAGAAACACCAAAAACACCACCAACAACAAUAAAACAAUUAAACAUUACUUCUUCUUCUUCAACAACCCUUCCAAUCCCCCAACCUAAUAUUAAUCAACAAAUAACUUCAAUAAAACCACCCCAAAUCCAAAUCCCCCCAAAAGGCAAGUAA